AUGUCGUAUAUAGAUUGGCUGGCAUUGAUUAAAAGUGCCGAAAAAUCAUCCAUCAUUCAGGGAAAUGUACGAAAAGUUCACUAUCGAUUUCCAGAUGGUAGGCAAAUGGCCGAAGAAUACAGUACCGAUACCGGAGUGGUGUUAAGGCGAGCUUGGAAAAACAAAACUGCUUUAUUGCAGAAAGAAGAAUGGUUAAUUGAACUGGGCGAUUCAAUACCUGUGGGAUUGAAAGAAAAUGAACUAAUACUGAGGGAAUCCUGUUCAGAGCCAAUGCUAUCGAAAAGGGUUACGCGGAAUGCUCUCGAAUGGAGAAUCAGAAAUUUACCAUAUCCUAUUUCUACCUACACCGUAACAUGUGGGGAAAACGAUGCAACGAUUACUGUUAGAACUUCAAACAAGAAAUAUUUCAAGAAAAUAGAAGUGCCGGAAUUAAAAAGGUGCAAUAUCAUUCCAAGCCAGGACAGUUUGGCAAUGGUUCACAAAAACUGUACUCUUAUAAUAACGUACAAAAAACCGACUAUUUUAUUGGAUAUGGAACGAGCUAUUUUAACCACACUUCAGGACGUGGAAACUGUCGAAUGUAAUAACUACCAGUGUGAAGACAUCUUAAGCGAUCUUAUGAUACAAUAA